AUGGCAGCAGACUUCGAUGGGUUUGCCGAGCUACUUGAAGAAAAGAAAAGAAACGAGCAAGUCGGACAGUUUGCCAGUGAAGACCAGGAGAGUUACAUUUCGGAAGCGUUGGGGAAUGGUGCUUCAUUUGUAGAUAUUGAAUUUGGGACAACUCGAAUGAGUCAGAGCGCUGAAGGGAACCCUAUGGAAGAGUUUUAUUCAUAUUUGGGUAAAACCGAAUUUAAUCAUAUGAUGAGCAAACAUACAACUUUUGAAUUAGAAAAAGUGACGAAUAUGAGUCGCGACCAAUUCAUUAUCAAACAAAACGGUAAACAAGUCCAAUCAUAUUCAGUUGAGGACUACGCAAUUUUCAAGACAGGAAAGACUUAUGACCUUAGAGUUUCCAUCUGUAACAAUUUGGAAGAUAGCUUCGAGCCAGACACGAAAACCCAUUUUGUGAUUAAACGGAGAGAAAUCCAAUUGGGACAAAAUGGAUUAUUUGAUUUAUACGCAGACGAGGUGAGAGAACAUGAAUUGGACGAGAGAGGGGAUUGUGUGAAGACAUACUUCACUUGUCAACUUCAUUUUAUUGUGCGUGACAAGAAAAACGUAAAACAAAGUGUUGAUUAUAUUCAAGGAAGACUUAAACGGUUCCAGUUGAUGGAUUUGAAUUAUAUGGACGACGCACAAAUAGAUGAGGUACCUGACACGCUCACAUCAGAAAUCCUCGAUAUGGUAUUUAGUGUGUUUGAGACUAAAGAUUCUCUAUUCCCAGGAACGAAUCCAUUGUUUUUUACACGCAACGCUUACAGCGUCAUCCAUAACCUUGUGACAAAAGUCGAGUUGGAGAAGCGCGAGGCACUCAAACAGGAAAAAGGAGAGUUGACUGAGGAAGACAAACUUAAUCUGAGAGAUAAGAAUACAUACGCGCUUUUUGAAAAGACAAUGGGGGUUCGGUUUUUCUUGUGUUGUUACAGUGAUGGAAGGUGCUAUUUUAUUGACGAAAACAUGAAAGUUUUCACCAUUAAUGACACAACUUUAUCUUCUUUGAUUGAAAAGGUGUUUGGAGCAAACGCAAUUUUGGAAGGGAUCAUGACAAGAAACUUCGCUACACAACAACUCAACUUUAUGAUGUACGACAUGAUACUCAUCCGAAAUAAUAAGAUCUGGAAAGAGCCAUUUAAAACUCGGUACAGCGAACUUUGCAAAUAUUAUAAUCAGUACAUAUCCUUGAUUCGUGGAAUAGCAACGGGUGAAAGUAAAUUUCCUUUCGUUCUCCGCAUUCGUUCAGCCUAUGGUAUGAACCAGUUUAGUAUGGUAAUGAAUUGCCUAAAUAAUGGCCCCAUCCAUGGCACCUUUUUAUACCAAGACAAGUACAAUGCCAAUUUCUCAAACGGCGUUAUCUUUGUUCCAAAUUUACCGUACGAACCAUUCGAGAACAAAAAAAUGUUCAAGUGGGUGUAUAAUCGAAUUGUGAUGGUUAAACUUGGUAUAAGAAUUGAAAGGACGUACGGCAGAGAAAUCGAAACCUUUUUCUGCAAAGGGUACGGCAAAAACGAAUUUGUGAAUUUGCAACAAACAAACUUCAGCCAGAGCGAUCGUGAGGUAUUCAACUCAGACAAACGCCGACUUGGGUGGAGUGGACAAGGGAUUGUACAGUGUUCGUACAACGCACAGGUUGGAAGAUGGGUGUAUAACAAGAUUUUGAAGGAUGAAAUAAACCCAGACCCCAUAUCGAAGGUGAUGACACUCUUGGAGAUGUUUGCUGGUGAGAUUUCAAAUGAAGAACUCACUUUUUGUUUUGACAACUUGGAUUACGUUGCCGAGUGGAAGGGACUGACGGAAGGAGCUGCUCGAGCUGUUCUUGACGCAUUGAAUUGA